AUGGCGAUGGAGGACCAGCCUGACAGCCCCGUGACCGACAAGAGAGGCAACAGCGGGGCUUGCAUCGACAGGCAGCCGGACGCGGUGCUCCACCAAGCCGGGCUCUUCCACGUCGGAAGUCGCGGUGCCGCCGCCGCCACAACAGCCGGGAUACGAGUGCUAAAGUGCAACAUGAAGCAAGCCGGGAGUCGCGGCUGCAUGACGAGAAAGCGCAGAUUCGGAUCCCGGGAGCGCGACUGGCUGAAGAGCGACACCAAACGCGGCUGCGUGUGUCUGUACGGGGGUACGGUGGACCCGCAGCUACCGACCUCUGGGCCCCAAGCCGAUGUGCAGCUGGUGCUCUGCUCUACUAGCACCACAGUGGAGGAGAUGUGUGCCCAGAGGGACGUAGAGGGCCUCUUUGUUCAACUGCAUGGAGAUCUGUUCAGGAGGCUGGAGCCCUCCGAGCGACCCCUCCAGAUGCUUUAUGACUACCUGGCCGCGAUGGGCUACGCCGACCCGGUGCGUGUGCAGCAAGAGGCUGCCAAUCCCGACCUCAGCUGCUUGAUCCGCUUCUACAGCAAGCGACCCGUGAAUGCAGACCAGCAGGAGCGCACUCUAUUGAAGGGCGUGUUCAGUGUCCGCAAGGGCAAGACGCAGUUGCACAAGUGGGCCGAACGGCAGGUCAUUCUGUGCGGGACGUGUCUCAUUGUGGCCUCUGUCAAAGACAGCCUUACUGGAAAGAUGCACAUCCUGCCCUUGGUAGGGGGGAAGGUGGAGGAAGUGAAGAGAAGACAACACUGUCUGAUGUUCAGCUCAGCCGGAUCGCAGGCACAGACUUACUUUGUUAAUUUUGACACACUGGCCAAUUUCCAGAGAUGGCAUCGACAGGCAAACAAAAUGGUGUCGCAGACUGUCAGCCUGGUGGACCUGUCAUGCUACAGUCUUGAGGCAGUGCCUGAGUAUCUCUUUUACAGUCAAGACGUCACCCACCUCAACUUGCGACACAACUUUAUGAGCCUGCUGGGGCCUGGUGGUCUGCUUCAUCUCCCUAGGUUCUCUCAGUUGAAGAGCUUGAACUUGUCUCACAACCGUCUGGGGGUUUUCCCGGAAUGCGUGUGUGAAAUCCUCACCCUCACUGAGCUCUGCCUCUCCUGUAACAAUCUGCACAGCGUACCCGCGCAGAUCGGGAACCUCCAAAGCUUACAAACGCUGUCUUUGGACGGAAAUCACCUGAGCUCCCUGCCCGCAGAGCUAGGCGAACUGUCCCAGCUCAGCGGUCUCGGCCUCUCUUUCAACGACUUCAAUCACAUCCCCGCUGUGCUGGAGAGACUGAUUGCGGUGGACAAGUUGUCCAUGGCUGGGAAUCAAGUGGUGUGUUUGGAGGUGUGUGCUCUACUCAGCGUGAGCCACCUCAAACACAUCGACCUCAGGCUAAAUGGACUCCGCUGCGUGAAAAGUGAAUGUCCAGAAAACGUGACUCAGCUGACCAAUCUGGACCUGAGAGACAACUUUUUAGACUCACUGGACCUCACUUCCAUCUGCAGCUUGGAGACUCUCCACUGCCAACGCAACCAGUUGAGGACAGUGACAGUCAACGGCUUUGCGUUGCGCAUGCUUCAAGCCGGCAGCAAUCGCCUCAGUGCAGUCAAUAUUUCCACGGUCCCGAGCCAACUGACACACUUGGAUUUAUCACAGAAUCUUAUGGAGCACCUACCAGAUUGGGUGUGUGACUGCAAAAAAAUGGAGACGCUGGAUGUCACGCACAACCUCCUCGCUGAGCUUCCUUCCAGGUUGCUUAGCAGUUUGAGUUUGAAGAAGCUUCAUGUGGGGAGCAAUCGCUUGCAGAAACUGCCUGACCUGCUGGAGCAUGUCCCCCUGGAGGUCCUGGAUGUCCAGCACAACAAACUAGGAGAACUCCCAGAGAGUCUCUUCUUCAAGGCCUUAAAUCUCAAGCAUUUAAACGCUUCAGCCAAUAACUUGGAAAGUAUUCCUUCCUGCGGCCAAUCAGAUGACAGUCUGAGUACCCUGCAGGAGCUCUACCUAACCAGGAACAACCUUGAUGAAAACUGCGGCGCUGUGUUAGUGGGACACCACAAUUUGAGGGUCCUGCACAUGGCCUACAAUCAGCUGCAAUCAUUCCCAGCCAGUAAGCUGAGUAAACUGGAGCUGCUUGAGGAGCUCAAUCUAAGUGGCAACAAACUGAAAAGCAUCCCAUCCACGGUGUCUAGCUGCAAGAGACUGCAUACCCUCAUCGCCCACUCCAAUCAAAUUAGCGUCUUCCCGGAGAUCCUCGACCUUCCUGAAAUCAAGCUUGUGGAUCUGAGCUGUAAUGAGAUGACUGAGAUCCAACUGCUCAAAUCGCUGCCGCCCAGCCUGCAGGAGUUGGAUUUGACAGGCAACAGCAGCCUGAUUCUAGAACACAAAACUCUUUAUCUCUUCAGUCACAUCCCCACAUUGAAAUUGGACCAGAAAUCGACCACAAUGGGAGACUCACAAAACGUCUCCGCUCCCUGGAGCCACGGGUACUCUGAGAUGAGCGGCCAAAGAAACAAGUUGUGUGUGUCGGUGCUAGCCAUUGAUCAACUAGGAGACAGCGUGGAAGCAUGCUACGGUAUUUUCGACGGGGACCGUAAUGAAGAAGUGCCUCGGUUGCUGCAGUGCACCAUGGGCGACGUGCUGUGCGAGGAAGUGCAACAUUCCAGUAUUGACAGCGUGUAUAUGAGCAAUACCUUCCUGACCUCUCACAGGAAGCUAGGUAUGGCCGGACAGAAAUUGGGUGCCUCUGCCUUGCUCUGUUAUAUCCAUCAUGAGUCCUCGGAGCCAGGAGGCUACCUCAGCGUGACCGUGGCAAAUGUGGGAAACUGCCAGGCGGUGCUGUGUCGCGAUGGGCGACCCGUUCCCCUCUCCAAGGUGUACAACCUGGAGAACUGUACAGAAGAGAUGGAGCGGGUUAAACUCAGCAAAGCCAUUAUUACUGAGGAUAACAAAGUGAGCGGUGUGACAUGCUGCUCUCGCCUGCUGGGCUGCUCUUAUCUGUCUCCCUGGGUGCUUCCGAAGCCUUGGGUGCACACCGAGCCGCUCUCAUCCCAGGAUGACUUCUUGAUCCUAGGGAAUCGCGCGCUGUUUGAGCGCGUUUCCUACCAGGAAGCCGUGUGCACGGUUCAGGCCUUGCAGGAUCCGCGCGUGGCCGCCAAAAAGCUUUGCACGCUGGCCCAGAGCUAUGGUUGCAAAGACAACAUCGGGGCUGCGGUAGUGACCUUGAAAAUCGCAGAGGACAGCUGCACCUGCGAGCCGCCAGUCUACAGUACUGAACCCCGGGGUAUGCUUGUGUCGAUGACGCCCGCUCCGAGUGACACAGCCACUUUGUCAUCCACUAGCGGAGUCGUUUCCGAGUUCAACAGCGAGAAUUCUGCUUCAGAGGUGGGCAGCGAGGCGGGCUCCACCGCCUCCGACGAGCACCCGACCUCAGGCGGUGUCGCGCCUCGCCCCGAGAGACGUUGCAGCCUGCACCCGGGUACUGCGCUGUGCGGCAUCAUGAUCCCGGGCCCAGUUGGGCUAGGGAGCCACACGGGCCUGUUCCAGCGGCAACCUUCCUGCGCCACGUUCUCCAGCAACCACUCCGACAAUGGCUUGGACAGCGACGAUGAGACUCCGCCGGAGGGCGUCAUCUCCAAUGGAAGCAGGUUAGAAGUAGAGGUGGAUAUUCAUUGCUGUGCCUUCCAGCUCCGGUCCGGGGCCCCCGAGUACCCGAAGGAAACAGACUUUGAAAACAAAGGGUCCGAUUAUCCUAACGGCAAGAUGCGCAGGCAGAACAGUGUCGUUGUCUCAGCCACAAACGGCUGUCUCCUUGCUGUUUGCGGAAGGGAGAUUGCGGACCUGAAGAAAUCUCCGUCAACUUCGUGCCUCUUUGGGAAGAAGUUGUCCAACGGGUCUGUGGUUGCCCCCGAGGACAGUCACAAUCUCAUCGAGGUGGCCCUGGAGGCACCUAAGAAGAAGUCUGGGUAUUUCACUGCCCCGGCGCAACAGGACCCUGAAGACCAGCUGAUUGUACCUCCGUGUCUGGAGCAGGAAGUACGGGAGCAGCUAAAAAGCCAGAAUCCUCUUGUUUCGGGACCCUCUGCAUUAUCCACCCCUCCUUCCUUAAAAGACUCAGGCUGGGACCAAUCGCACCCUUCUGCUCUUCCCUUUGCCCCGAGCAUAGUGCCAGGACCUGGAACCCCCUCGAUCAUAAAGCCUGAAGUCUAUGAUACUGCCCUCUAA